GCUCUGUAUGCCCACUUCGACAGUCAUUCUGACCGACCGAGAGUGACGGAGACGGUUAUCGACCCUUGGUACAUCGUGGAGCAUAAUGGUGAUACAGUGCAGCUUGAUGUUGCGUUCACCGGGCAUUUGUGCGUCCCAGGCCACAGGCAUCGAUGAACCCAUAUUCUUCUCCGAAAGGGAUCUUGGAAGCAUCACAGCUGAGGUUGGAUCGUCAUCGACGGCUGGAGCCAGGCACCCUCAUAUUCCGCACUACUUCCAGUCGCUUUAGUAUCGUACGGGGACACGGUGGAGAAGACGUAAAGUCGAGUGAACGUUUCUACAACGAUCUUUUCAAUAUCCUCUCCAACACUUCGACCUGGGUUGGCAGCGUCAUACUGUCAUUAGAUCCUGCCCCGCCGGCUUCCCUUGAGUUCAUUGUCCUUUCCCGUACUACUGCGGGCCCUGGCGUGUAUGACGAAGAAUGUCUUGGAAGGUUCUACUCUGGAUGCAUGUUAUAUGUGAUGGCGGUGAGCGAGAGUGAGGGUUUGAUGGAGCGCGUUGGGUUGGGUGUUAUUCAUGAGUCUCCGUGGAUUGCUUCGGGUGCAAAGGAGAAGGUGGUGUUUCUUCGAUGAUAGUCACGUUAUCUCGGUUUU